AUGUCAUUUCUAAGACUAGACUGGUUGGGGACGCAGGCAGAGCUGCUAUGGACCUCCAGGUUCCUCCAUGGGGAUGAGGAGAGCCUAGGGUUCGCCCAGAGGGAUGAGUUGAGCAGGACCUAUGGAGAGGACCAAGAGGAGACCAGGGAGUCACCCACCACCUCCAGCCCAGAGGGGGGAAAUGAGACACCUACCAGUCCCUCCAGCAGGACCUGUCUUAAAAUCACCACCUGGGAGGCAGGAUGGAACGUGACCAAUGCUAUUCAGGGUAUGUUUGUUCUGGGGUUGCCUUACGCUCUCCUUCAGAGUGGCUACCUAGGAUUGCUACUGCUCAUUCUGGCUGCUGCCAUCUGCAACUACACAGGUAAGAUCCUUGUAUCCUGCCUGUACGAGGACAACGAGGAAGGCCAGCCCAUACGAGUGCGGGACACCUACGAGGACAUCGCCAAUGCCUGCUGUAAGCGCCUGUGCCCCCUCCUGGGCGGGCGGGUGGUGAACGCAGCACAGGUGAUAGAGCUGAUGAUGACCUGUAUCCUCUACCUGGUGGUCAGCACCAACCUAAUGUGUCACAGCUUCUCCUUCCUCCCACUCCCCCCCGCCGCCUGGUCCGUGAUGACCUUCCUGACCCUAGUGCCCUGCAUGCUGAUCCGGGACCUGAGGGUGGUCUCCAGACUCAGCCUGCUCUGCUCCCUGGCCCAGUUCCUCAUCACCUUCAUCGUAGUGGCCUACUGCCUGCACCAAGCCCACCGCUGGUCCUGGAGGAGGAUGGUCCUCUUGGUGGACUUUGAGAGGUUCCUGGUGUCCGUGGGGGUCAUCAUCUUCAGCUACACCUCCCAGAUCUUCCUGCCCACCCUGGAGGGAAGCAUGGAGGACAGGGGGGACUUCUCCGACAUGAUGAGCUGGACACACUCCCUGGCUUGUGUGUUGAAAACCACCUUCUCUGUGCUGGCCUUCCUCACCUGGGGCGAGGAUACUAAAGAGGUGAUCACUGAUAACCUUCCCAUUGGCCUACGCAUGGUGGUCAACCUGUGUCUCCUGGCUAAGGCCCUCCUCUCCUACCCCCUGCCCUUCUACGCUGUGGCUGAGGUCCUCCAGAGCAGUGUUCUAAGGCUGGAGGGGGCGCAGGUGGGUGUGGACAUGGGGACUCUGGUUCUGCGGGGCUGUCUCCUGUUGAUGACCUUCCUCAUGGCACUCUACAUGCCCCACUUCUCCCUGCUCAUGGGGCUGACGGGCAGCGUGACGGGGGCGGCCAUGACCUUCAUCCUGCCCUCCCUCUUCCACCUGCAGCUCAAGUGGACCACCAUGAGCAGCAGGCUCAAGGCCCUGGACCUUCUAAUCUUAACUCUGGGAUCUCUGUGUAGUUUAUCGGGGUUGGUUUGCUCCAUCAAGGGAAUGAUUCAGGCUUUUGGGCGUUGA